AUGGAAGAUAAUAAUGAUGAUGAUUUUCUAUUCAAUGAUCUAUUUCCAAUUGAAAAAAUCUCCGUUGAUUUCGAUCGGCUUUUUUCCGAUAAUCAUCAUGGUGAUGAAAAUCUUGAUUCUACUACAGAAAAACAUGGUCUUAAUGGAACAUUUCCAAGAACUUUUAUAAUUACAACAAUGAAACGAGAAACAACACCAUCAAGAAGAUGUGUUAUUGAAAAACAAAUUCACUAA